UUGAAAAGGGUGGAUAACAUGCCAUAUCCAGCUCAUUCCACUACUACAUUAUUUCUCCAUAAAUCUCUUCUUGCCUCAUUCACCAAACCACCCAGCAAAGAAAACACAAUCCACACAGGGAAAAAAAACAAUGGCCUCAUCACUCCGACUCUCCCUUCUCCUGCUGGCCGCGGCACUCGCCUGCACACAGUGCUUGGCGCAGUCCCCAGCAGCCCCUGCGCCUGCGCCAGCCGGUCCCUUAAACCUCACAGCCAUCCUAGAGAAGGCAAGUCAAUACACCACCUUCAUGCGCCUUCUGGCCUCCACCCAGGUAGACAAUCAGAUUGCCAACCAGGUGAACACAUCCACGGAAGGCAUGACCGUCUUCGCUCCUACCGAUAACGCCUUCCAGAACCUGAAACCGGGCACAUUAAACGGAUUAUCAGUUCAGGAACAAGUUCAACUUGUACUGUACCAUGUCCUCCCAAAAUUCUACAACUUUGAAAACUUUGAAACUGUCAGUAACCCAGUCAGAACCCAAGCCACUGGACAAGAUGGUGAGCCUUUCGGGCUCAACAUUGUCUCCAUUGGUAACCGUCAGGUUAAUGUGUCUACUGGAAUGGUCACUGUUCAGCUAAACAAUGCUCUAAGGGAAAGGUUUCCACUGGCGGUUUAUCAAGUUGACAUGGUGUUGUUGCCAAAGGAGUUGUUCGGUGCUAAGUCUCCCAAGAGUGCCCCCAAGUCUUCAGCACCAAAAUCUGACGACUCGAAGUCAGAUGACAAAGCUGAUGGUCCAGCAACUGCUGCUUCUGCUGAUGCUGAAGGGAGGAAUGCAGGGUAUGGUUUGAGGAGUUUGGGGAUGAAAUUUGUUGCUGGUGUUGGAAUUCUUACAGCAGGUUUACUUUUCUAAGGAUGUAAAGAAGAAUCCUUGCAAAAAAUUGUUUGUUCUGUUUUGUACUUAAUAUUCAUUCCAUCUUUUUUGCUUCUCUUCUUUUUGGUUUCUGUUAUUGUGGGGGACAAAGGUCUGAUUGAUUGUUAAUGGUUAAUUCUUACCGACAUGGCGAUUAUACUAUUAAUUUUUUUAUUUUUCUUAUUA